AUGGUGGCCUCCUCUGCGGCUAUACUGCGAGCUUCUGGACUCCGCCGAUGGGGUCAGCUGCCAGGCUCUCCAAAGCUAUGGUCUGGUGGCCGGGUCUCGUGGGCACCUGCCCGGAGGACAGCGACCUGGCGCCUGGAGCCCGCGGGCCGCUGCGGCUGGGACGAGCCCGUGCACAUCGCGGUGCGCGGCCUCGCGCCGGGACAGCCCGUCACGCUGCGCGCGUCCCUGCGCGACGAGAAGGGCGCGCUCUUCCGGGCCCGCGCGCGGUACCAAGCGGACGACGGCGGCCUCCUGGACCUGGCGCGCGCGCCCGCGCUGGGCGGCAGCUUCACGGGGCUCGAGCCCAUGGGGCUGCUCUGGGCCCUGGAGCCCGAGAAGCCCUUGGUGCGGCUGGUGAAGCGGGACGUGCAGACGCCCGUCGCGGUGGAGCUGGAGGUGCUCGAGGGCCACGAGCCCGACGCCGGGCGGCUCCUGGGCCGGGCGGUGCUGGAGCGCGACUUCCAGCGGCCGGGGAUGCGGCGGGUGCCGGUGCGCGCGGGCCGGGUGCGCGGCACGCUCUUCCUGCCGCCUGAACCUGGGCCCUUCCCUGGGAUUGUGGACAUUUUUGGAGUUGGAGGUGGCCUUCCGGAAUAUCGAGCUUGUCUGCUGGCUGGCAAGGGUUUUGCUGUGAUGGCUCUGGCUUAUUAUAACUAUGAAGACCUCCCCCAGGGCAUAGAGACCCUCCACCUGGAGUACUUUGAAGAAGCUGUGAACUACCUGCUGGAUCAUCCUGAGGUAAAGGGUCCGGGAGUUGGGCUGCUUGGGAGUUCCAAAGGAGGUGAUCUCUGCCUCUCCAUGGCCUCGUUCCUGAAAGGCAUCACCGCCGCCGUCAUAAUCAAUGGCUCUGUGGCCAAUGUGGGGGGAACCUUACACUACAAGGAUGAAACUUUGCCUCCUGUGGGCUUCGAGCAAAGUCGCAUCAAGCUGACCAGAGACGGCUUGGCAGACAUUCUGGAUGUGCUGAACAGCCCUUUGGAGGGACCUGACCAGAAGAGUUUCAUUCCUGUGGAAAGGGCUGAGAAUGCCUUCCUGUUCCUAGUAGGUCUGGAUGACCACAACUGGAAGAGUGAAUUCUAUGCUAAUGAGGCCUCUAAGCGCUUACAGGCCCAUGGUAAGGAAAAGCCGCAAAUCAUCUGUUACCCUGGGGCAGGGCACUAUAUUGAGCCUCCUUACUUCCCCUUGUGCCAGGCUUCCCUACACACCUUGGUGGGUGGUCCUGUCAUCUGGGGAGGGGAGCCCAGGGCUCAUGCCAUGGCCCAGGUGGAUGCUUGGAAGCAGCUCCAGACUUUCUUCCACAAACACUUGGGUGGGGGAAAGUUAGGCAGACUCUCUUGAAAACAUAACCCAGUAUUUGAAGGUUGUGAGUGUGAGACCAAUAUAUGCUAAAAAGUAUCCGUUAAAGUCAGUUCAUCUGAGGUAUUAUGCUAACGCUUUUGGGUUUUUAUUCCGUUCUCUUUAAAUAACAUUACUGUUAAAAAUAGUCUCUGUGGGGAAUAAGUUUAGGAAUUCCCUGAGCUUGCACCAAUGGGUUAACAAGGUUUAGGAUGAAAGUAUCCAAGAAAAGGUAAACAGGGCGAAAGCGCCUCCAGCAUAGUACAAAAGCAUAAGAAUGGGAAGCCACAGAAUGAAAGCGUCCAAGAUUAGGUCAACAGGGAAAAGCACUCCCAUCAUAGCACAAAAGCAGAAAGCUGCUUUCACAGGAAGGAAUGUCCAGAAUAGGUCAACAGGGCUAUAGACAGCAGCAGGGUGAAGCUGCCCAGAGUGGAGCUAAUUGGCCAAAGAAAGGUGCCUUGUUGACCCUGAGGUAGCCUGCUGUAUCUGUCUUCUCCCUUAGGCAAGUUAAGAUAAACAGACACAGCGCCUCAUGCCUGUGUAAACAACCAUCUGCUCAGCAGAAAAGAUUUUGUUUAUUAUUGACCCAAACCCUUAACACUACAUAUCUUUGAAACCCCCUUUCUCUCACACAUAUGAGUUAAUGUUCAUGGUUUCAUGGUCUCUUUCUGCAUGUUCAUCACAUUUGUAAGCGUUCUGAUCCUAAUAAAAACAGAGCAAAGAUCCUUACUCAGGGCUCUUGUCUCCUCCCAGACAUUAGCCUCUCUCACAUUUAAUUCUGCAUCCACUCUCUUGCUGGACAAGAGAGAACUCCAGACUCAAAGUCCGCAACAAGUCUCCAUACAAACAAUGUCAGGAAUGAAAAGAGAGCCUUAAGUAUAAGCAACUUUUAUUAAAGUUUAAAACUGGGACAUUACAGAUAAAGUUGCUGUUUCCUUUCAGUGCUCUCAGCCUUGUCUCCACUGUCGGGGAGCAAGAAUUCCUGUCCUGUCAUAAGUCCUUCUAGCUGGACUAAGAAGCAUAUUGACAUAAGACAGAUUAAUAGGAGAAAAUCAAAUUAAAUAGCAUAUGUACAGGAAAUCCACACAGACAUGGAAAUAUAUUUACAAUUAUAGAAAAAGAAAAGGAAGAUUAUUAAAACUUUUUAAAAAUGUUUAUUCAUUUUUGAGAGGGAGGCACAGAGUCCAAAGCAGGGCUCAAACUCACAAACCGUGAGACCAUGACCUGAGCCAAAAUCAGAUGCUCAACCGACUGAGCCACCCAGGUGCCCUGAGGAAAGGAAGAUUAUUAAGAUGUAAACAUGGCAACAUGAUCUUUUUUUCUUAAUAUGGAUUAUGAUUUAUAUUAUUUAUAUAUCCCUUUCUCUUCUGUUUUUUCAUUGAAUUUUUCUAAAUCGCUACAUUACUGAGAAUGCUGCCUCAGAUUCAGAUAGCACCUAAAUAAAUAAAAUGUCAUUUUGAAAAACUCUAGUAAGGGUGCUAACUUGAGGCUUGUGGUUUCUGGCUCUGCCAAGUCAGGACUAAAAUAGAAGAAAAUUGAGAACUAAAAGAAAUAAAAAGCAGGAUGCCUGGGUGGCUCAGUCAGUUAAGCACCCGACUCUUGAUUUUCAUGAUCUCUCAGUUGUGGGAUCAAGCCCUGCAUCAGGCACUUCACUAGCUGUGGAACCUGCUUGAGAUGCUCUCUCUCUCUGUCUCUCUCUCUGCCCCUCCCUCCCCCUCUUGUGGGUGCGUGUGGGCUCUCUCUCUUUCCUUCAAAUAAGUAAACUUUGAAAAAAAUAAAGAAGCAAAAAGCGAUGAAAGACUC